CACAGGCAACUCUGGAAACUGAACACAUGUUGGAAUGCUGGAAUUAAAUAUCAACUAAAAACUCCAAGCUAUCAGUGUCUAUGAAAUGUAUCAGCCUUAAGCUGUGAAGACCUGUUAAAAGUUACGUAAUUGUCAUUACCAAUUAAAGUUAAUGACAGUAAAAGUACAGUAAAAGUGCAAAUGGAGGAGAGAGGAUUAGGAGAUACAUGAGCAGAAGCAAAGUCUGUGGGAUCCUUUCCUUUGGACUUGAGGCUACCCUUUUUCCUUUGAGCUGUGGACCGCCCUUUCCUGUUUUUCCUUCUUUUCCAUUCCCUCUUUUCACAGACUUAGAAGAACAGCCUUUCUGAGGGAACCAAGCACCCAGCCUUUAGCCACAAAGAGAGCUGUGACUCUGAGCAGCAACCAGUUCUUUGCAGCUCCACUGUAUGGUUUACCGUGUCUCCCUGUUUCUCUCCCUUGACUCCAGUGGUCAUUAUUCAUGGCAGUGCUUGCUGAAAUGGACCUGAAGGUGAUCUUGAUAUCUCUGUUGUUAGGAGUCUUUUGCUACUGUAAUCCUCAGAAAGAGGGGAACGAGUGCAUCAGUGCCAAUGCCAAACACUGUGGGGAAUGCAUCCAGGCUGGAGCCAAAUGUGGCUGGUGUGAACAGGAAAACUUCCUCAAACAGGGUGAAGCCUUGUCAACCCGUUGUGAUGAGGUAGAGUCUUUAAAAGACAGGGGUUGUAAUGAUUCGCAAAUUCAGAAUCCAACCGGCAAGAAGUGGGUCAUCACAAACAAGCGUGUGACCAAUCGCAAAAAGGUUACUGGGGUCGAAACCAAUAAACCAAAGCCAGAGGAAAUCACUCAGAUCCAGCCCCAGAAACUCAGACUCAACCUUCGAUCUGGUCAGCCCCAGUCUUUUGACUUGAAGUUCAAACGAGCUGAAGAUUAUCCCAUUGACCUGUACUACUUGAUGGACCUGUCCUACUCAAUGAAGGAUGAUCUGGAGAAUGUCAAGAACCUGGGAACCAGUCUCAUGUUGGAGAUGAAAAAGAUCACCAGUGAUUUUCAUAUCGGUUUUGGUUCGUUUGUGGAGAAGACGGUCAUGCCUUACAUCAGCACCACUCCAUCCAAGCUGCUAAACCCGUGCACAGGGGACCAGAACUGCACCAGCCCCUUCAGCUACAAGAAUGUCUUGAGUCUGACCAGUGACGGCAAUAUGUUCAACUCUCUGGUGGGCAAGCAGCAAAUCUCAGGAAACCUGGACUCUCCAGAGGGGGGCUUUGACGCCAUCAUGCAAGUGGCUGUUUGCGGGAAGGAAAUUGGCUGGAGGAAUGUUACGCGUCUGCUGGUGUUCUCCACUGAUGCCGGUUUCCACUUUGCUGGAGAUGGCAAACUGGGAGGCAUUGUACUGCCUAAUGAUGGAAAAUGUCACUUGGAGGACAAUGUGUACACAAUGAGCCACUAUUAUGAUUAUCCCUCAAUUGCUCACCUGGUCCAGAAGCUAAGCGACAACAACAUUCAGACUAUCUUUGCAGUCACAGAGGAGUUUCAGCCUGUGUACCAAGAACUGAAAAAUCUGAUACCAAAGUCUGCAGUGGGUACACUGUCUGCCAACUCCAGCAAUGUAAUCAACCUCAUCAUAGACGCUUACAAUUCUCUCUCAUCUGAAGUUAUUCUAGACAACAGCAAGCUCCCAGAGGGAGUGGAGAUAGAAUACAAAUCACAGUGUAAGAACGGAGUGGUUAACGACAAGGACGAUGGACGAAAGUGCUCUAAUAUCUCAAUUGGAGAUGAGGUCAACUUUAACAUCACUGUGACAUCUAAGGGCUGUCCAAAUGAAGGCAAGAGUGAGACCAUCAAGAUAAAGCCCCUGGGAUUCACAGAGGAGGUGGAGAUUAUCCUCAACUUCAUCUGUGACUGUCAAUGCCAGAAUAACGAUGUUGUUAAAAAAAGCGAAAAGUGCUCCUUAAAUGGGACCUUUGAGUGUGGAGCGUGCAGGUGUUUUGAAGGCCGUGUGGGUAGAAAUUGCGAAUGCAGCAGCAACGACAUGGCUACAGACGACAUGGAUCAGACCUGCCGUAAAGACAACAGCACGGACAUCUGCAGCAACAACGGAGAAUGCGUGUGCGGCACAUGCGAGUGCAAGAAGAGACCCAACCCAGAGGAAAGGUACAGCGGCCAGUUCUGCGAGUGUGACAACUUCAACUGUGAUCGCUCUGAAAACAAACUGUGUGGAGGGAAUGGACGAUGUGUGUGCAGGGAGUGUAUCUGCGACCCCAUGUGGAGCGGUAGAGCCUGUGACUGUUCUCUGGACAACAGCACAUGUUUGGCCACCAACAAGCAGAUCUGUAACGGCAGAGGAAGAUGUGAGUGUGGCGUUUGCAAGUGCACAGACCCCAAGUUCCAGGGUCCCACAUGUGAAACCUGCCCUACCUGUCCAGGAGUCUGCGCUGAACACAAACUGUGUGUCCAGUGCCGGGCGUUUGGCACCGGUGAGAAGAUGAAAACAUGCAAAGAGGAGUGCAGCUACUUUAACCUGAUUACAGUGAAGGACAGGAACAAGCUGCCGCAGCCCAAUGACUACCCUUACCCCGUGAUGCACUGCAAGGAGAGGGAUGCCAAUGACUGCUGGUUCUACUAUACCUACGCUGUCAACGACACGGAAAGGGAAGUCCAUGUGGUCGACAAGCUGGACUGCCCCUCCGGUCCUGACAUCAUCCCCAUUGUGGCCGGCGUGGUCGCAGGCAUUGUCCUCAUUGGCUUAGCCCUGCUGCUGAUCUGGAAGCUGCUGAUGAUCAUCCACGACAGAAGAGAGUUCGCCAAGUUUGAAAAGGAGAAGAUGAACGCCAAAUGGGACACGCAAGAGAACCCCAUAUACAAGAGUCCCAUCAAUCAGUUCCAGAACCCAAACUAUGGACGUAAAGCUGCUGUUCUUUAAGGUGAAAAUCCAAUCUACAAAAGCGCCGUGACGACUGUGGUCAAUCCCAAAUAUGAAGGCAAAUGUUAGCUCCACAGUUCAGCUCUGCUAUCAAGUAUCCGACAGCCGCAGCCUUUACCGUAGCUUUGAGUUCUGACAGGAGCGUGCGGAGGAAUUUAUGUGCAUUUUUUUUUCCUAUUUGCUUUAUCAUUACAGUGUAUACAUUUGCCCACUGAUUCAGUAUUUUUACUAACACUUGAUGAUAUGAUUUUUAUGCAUUUGUUGUAUUUUAGAUGUACAGUAUGUGUAUAUACUUUUAAGUUGCGUAUUAGUUCUCCUGCCGCUGGACUGGUACGGGCAGAGGACUUGGCUUUUUUUUAGCAACACAGCGUAGACGCCAUGGAUAAUAUAACACGUGCACAACACUCCUUCAGCUUCUGUCUGUCUCUACUCGUCUGUCUCUGUCUGCACUGACCUCCUGUGAGUUUCUGUAUGUUUGCUGACAGGGCCUGAGUUUAAUAUGUAAAUUCUUGGCCAUAUCAGGACAGUAUGCCGGUGUGUAUAUAUCGAAAACAACUGCAAUAGGAAGUACUGAGUAAUGUUGAGCAUUCGACUUAGAUUAGGCUAUUGCACAGUCUAUCAUACAGUAUAUAUUAUAUUGAGUGCGGCGUAAGAACAUCUAGUGAUUCAAAUAUCAUUAAAGGGAAUGCAUACCACUUGUUCAGAUUUUGAAAAUGUGGUGGUAAUGAACAAUCAAUGGAGUUUUAUUACUAUAAAAUAAAUUACUGCUUAACUAAUGAGA